CUAUAAAAGCGACACACGCGCCACUCGUGUUUGUUUACACGACAACGUUUCGUCAGGCUUGCUUCGCGCUGCCCUUCAUAGUAGAACUAACUAUGGAAACCCAGAGACCACUUGACCAGAAGCAUCUUUUAUUGUCUUCUUCCCCUCCUGACAAGCCAAAACUUAUGCAUGGAGGCAACUAUAUACGAGAAGGCCGUGAUUCUAACAAAUCUACUUGGCUUUUGUUGUCCCCUGAGACGCCCGAUGAAGUUGGUAGCUUGGCCAAAUUUUUAAGCAUCUUUUCCUCUUACGGCGUGAACCUCAGCCAUAUUGAGUCCAGGUCGUCCACAAGAAGACUAGGCUAUGAAUUCAUGGUGGAAUGUGAACAUGGCACAGGGGACUUAGGAGCUACACUGGCAGAAUUAAAAAAGAACACUGGAUACUUGCAAAUAAUUUCGAGGAAUUACAAAGAUAACAGAUCUGCCGUCCCGUGGUUCCCUCGGCGUAUUCGUGAUUUGGAUCGGUUUGCUAAUCAGAUCCUUUCAUACGGGGCCGAACUAGACUCUGACCAUCCUGGAUUUACUGAUCCCGAGUAUCGCGCUCGAAGAAAAUAUUUCGCUGACAUCGCAUACAAUUACAAGUACGGUCAGCCUCUCCCUCAUGUGGACUACACAAAGGAAGAAAUAGCCACUUGGGGUAUUGUCUUCAGAAACUUGACUGCACUGUACCCAACGCAUGCUUGCAAAGAACACAAUCACGUGUUCCCUCUUCUGAUAGAAAAUUGUAGAUACAGGGAGGAUAAUAUCCCUCAAAUUGAAGACGUGUCGAACUUUUUAAAAGAUUGUACGGGUUUCACGCUCCGACCAGUGGCUGGUCUUCUAUCGUCUCGUGAUUUCCUCGCUGGUUUAGCUUUCCGAGUAUUUCACAGCACCCAGUACAUUCGUCACCCAUCUCGGCCACUAUACACCCCAGAGCCAGACGUAUGUCACGAGCUUCUCGGCCAUGCACCUCUUUUCGCAGAUCCGGCUUUUGCGCAGUUUUCACAGGAAAUAGGGUUGGCCUCAUUGGGCGCUCCUGAUGAUUAUAUUGAAAAACUGGCUACGUGCUUCUGGUUCACCGUUGAAUACGGUCUCUGUCGACAAGACGGCAAGCUAAAAGCUUUCGGUGCUGGUCUUCUGUCUUCAUUCGGAGAGUUGCAGUACUGCUUGUCGGACCGUCCUGAGCUUAAAGAAUUUGAACCUGAAGUCACAGGCGAACAGAAAUACCCUAUCACGGAGUACCAGCCCGUGUACUUCGUAGCUAAUAGUUUUGAAGAUGCCAAAGCUAAAAUGAUAAAAUUUUCCCGAACCAUUCCACGUGACUUCGGCGUGCGAUAUAAUCCCUACACUCAGAGUAUUGACAUCUUGGACACACCGAAACAAAUCAUGAAUCUGCUGCGUGACGUGCAUCAAGAGAUGGACCUUCUUCUAGGUGCUAUGGACAAGCUAUAGACAAAAUAUUAUUUUUUGUCUUUAAGCCAAAAAUUACUUAAAUAAGUAGCCUCACUUAAGCAAAUCAUUAAAGGAGUAUUUAUAGAAGUAAAGUAGUAAGUAGAAAUACGUUGCUUGGUGAGUUGUUCGAGUUCAAACCAUGUUCAAACGUAGUGCAUCAAAAUGUAAAAUAGAUACGAAUGCACUUUUAUUUUCCACUGCAUUAACUCGUUUCAACCGGCCAUAAUACUUCUAGUGUCGAGUUUUCUUAUGGCCAAUGAGAUCGAAGUACUCGCGACUGUGAUUCGUACUUAUGUACAUAUUUUUUAUGUUCACAUUCGUACCUUCACGUAAAAUACCUUAGUAGUUACGAAAAGACACAAAUAUUUUAUGAAAACGGUAAUUAGAUCUAAUUACCAUAGCCUUGUGUACGGUAAUUAGAAAGUGCAAACAUUUUUAAGAAAACAUAAAAAUAAAAAUUAUGAAGCGCAACUAACAACAUAUAAAUAAAUUUGAUUUUAAUUUUCUACAGUUUUUGUAAUGAAUUACAUCGAUAGAAAAUAUUUUUUUAAUGUUUUUUUAAACUUCUAUGGGCAGAAAUAAUCAAAGGUCGCGAACGUUGCACUCAGCCCCUGAAGACCAUAAUUAUGGUCGAAACUAGUCGGACCGCUUCCGACUAAAAUACUACGCGAAUAAGACCCAUUACUUUCAUAUUAUAAUGUGUGAUAACCGCGUUAGUUUUCAUAAUAAAAUAAUCAAAAUGUUAAUUGUUAUAUUGUUCUUGUGACAACUGUGAUUAAUCAUAAGAAACAAUUGGAGUAAUUUUUAAUCAUUACCACUAACCAGAUAUUAAAAAUACCUACUUCAAAUUUAUUUUAAUAAUCUUGAGUGGCACAUGUAUCAGUAGAAAUAAACCAAAUGUAGCAAAAUACACAAAUAAUAAUUCCGCUGUGUCAGAAAUAGUCAGUUUUUCUUAAAAAUGUUUAAACUUUCUAAUUGCCGUAUCCAUGUCUACGGUAAUUAGAUCUAAUUACCGUUUUCAUAAAAUAUUUACAGGGCAUAAUUGACUUUAAUAAUCAGAUUUUUAGGUCGCAAGGAAUAAUUGACGUUUAUUACUUUUUUAAGGAAAGUUUUUGUUGAUUAGAAAACAUCGAGUAUAUAAUAUACUCGAUGUUAGAAAAUGUCACCCCAAUAAAGACAGGCUCCUUAAACAUCGCCUUCGAUAAAUUCCCACAUCAACUAAUGUAUAUAAUAAUUAUGCUUCCUUUGAUAAGAAAACGUUACAUAAACACAACUCUGCCAAAGCACUAAUAUCAAAGGAUUUUACUUAGUAGGUAAUGUACGGAACUGUGCCCUUGUUAUGUAAUUUAAUUAAAAUAUAAUAGCACAAAAAGGCACAACUGUAUAAAAAUACUUUUGUUCUAUUCAUGAGUCAUGUAUUAAAAGUCUCAUUUAAAUUAGUUAUGCCGUUUAUAUGCAGUUAUAGUAGUUUUUUUUCAACUAAGUUGAAAGAGAAAACUGAGAUAGGUACUUUUAAAAACGGCUUAUUAAAAUACAAUAAAGUUUCUGUAUAAAACAUGUGGUAUGUAUUCUUCUGCUUCGCGUGUCGACUCUGACUUUUAUAAUAUAAAACAUAAAAUAAAACACUUAAUAUCAAAUGUAUAUUUUAACCAUUGACUUACAAUCAUAUUUUAACCAUUCUUUUUAUCAGAACAAUCUACAAACAUUUAUCUACGAAUAUAGCAUUUCGAUGCCUUUUUUCCCAGUCACGUAUUUUAUAAGGAGUUUAAGAUUAUUCAGGAGAUAGACAAGAAAUCUAUUUUUUUUUUAUUUGUUAUCGAGGGUGUUAAUUUUAGUGCAUUAAUUUAAGAAAAAAAAGCCAAAUGUGUGUGAAUAUGAAGGAAAUGUGAGAAAUCAGCCUGCAAAUUUGUAUAUAUGUAAAAUGCAUUUUAUGCAUUUUAGUUGCUUUGUGCUUAAGAUAAGAGUUUAAGAAAGUAUGGCGAGGAUUUGAUUGCUUUUCUUUUUCCGAAGGCAGAAUUAUUUAAAGCAUCUCUUUUAAGAAGACCUAUGCACCUCUGUGGCAAGGUGUAACUUCAUUAUAACGUUCAUUGUUGCAUUGGACCAUUCAGUUGAAUGUUUCAUGUACAAGUUGUUAAAUUAUCUACGUUAUUUCGAGAUAUAGUUUGAAGAUAGUCAAUAGUUUUUCUUUAACAUGUUUAAGCUAUUAUAAGUGUAAUAUUAACAACGCCAGCGUCAUUUUUAACGGACUUCAAAAAAGGAGGAGGCUCUCAAUUCAACUGUAUGUUUUUUUGUAUGUAUGUUACGCAAUAACUCCGGUAAUUGUGAACCGAUGUU